AUGAAUCUAGUUGUUUUUUCAGGCGGAACCGCAACUAAUAACCUGACUCCCUGUUUCUCCGAAUUAUCAAUAGCAAAAGGUUGCGAGCUAUCAUUUAUUCUCCCGAUUUCUGAUAAUGGUGGGUCUACUAGUGAGAUCCUAAGAGUUCUAGGAGGUCCCGCGAUUGGUGAUAUAAGAUCCCGAGUAGUACGACUGGUAACCGAUGACCAGGUGGAGGAGCUUUUAAGCUACAGGCUACCAAAUGAUAAAAGUAGAGCCAAACAAGAAUGGGACGAAAUUUUAGAAGGAAAUCAUCCCAUCUGGGAUAAGACACCCAUGGAGGUGAAAGAAAUCUGUAGAGCUUUCUUCAUCCAUGUCCAAUCCGAGCUGUUGAAGAGAAAAAGAACUUCAAAUCCGUUCAGGUUUGAAAAAGCUUCCAUUGGGAAUUUCUUCCUCACUGGGGCGCGACUUUUCUUAGGAUCGUUGGAUGCAUCUGUCGAAUUGAUGAUGAGAAUCGGUAGAUGUGAUCCUAAUGUUCACGUUAUCCCUUGUAUCAAUAGUAAUCAUACUCAUCAUAUAUCGGCUUUGUUAAGCAAUGGCGAUAUUAUAGCGGGGCAGUCACAGAUCUCUCACCCUUCAAAGCCUAUUGCUGCAGCUAAAGCAAGGAGUGGCUCAAUACCUAUUCUCUCCGGAAAAUCUGGUGCUAUUCAUCUGGAUAUACCUGAAGAGCGCAGCUCUUAUUCUUUCGAGGCAUCUGAGGAUGUAUACGGAAAACAAGAGGGGGAAGAAGAAGAAGAAGAGGAAGAAAGAGAGGAAGAGGAAGACGCUGAGGAGGAAGAGGAAUACGCGAAUCCUAUUUAUAUAUUACCGGAGUUGAAAAACUCUCAAUUACAUUUUGAUAAAUUGGAUGUUGAGGAAGUAUUGCCGGCUCCAAUUGAGCGAUUGUUCUAUAUAAAUCCAUACGGAGAAGAAGUCAAACCGUCAGGUAAUUCAAGGGCAAUCGCGAAGCUGAAGAAAUCAAAUAUGGUGAUAUAUUCCAUUGGUUCAUUAUUCACAAGUUUGUUGCCUAUAGCAAUUUUAGGGAAUAUUGCAGAGGCUAUAUCAAGUUCAAAAAAUAUUCACAAAGUUUUACUUAUUAAUAAUAAAUAUGAUAGAGAAACUUCGUGGCUAAAUGGGUUAGGAUACGUUCAGGUUUUUAUAGAAUCAAUGACUAGAGCAAACCGGAAGUAUAAAGAAGCAAGAGAGGGAAUCCCUGGAUCAAGCGCGCAUGAAAAAAUGUGCUGGAAGAAGUUCGUCACCGAUAUUGUCUAUUUGACUGGCAGUGAAGUAAAGAUAAACAAGAUUGAUUUUUUGAAAAAAGGUAUCAAAUGCCAUGAGAUCAACUCCGAUAAAAUAAAUAAUGAAAACCUCAUGGAGAUUUUGAAAAAAAUACACAUAACGGGAAGUUCAUGA